GUCACGGAGAGGGCGGAGCUUGCUGUAAAUACUUGUCCCGCAAAGCCGCUGUAGCAGGGGCCCAGGUAACGCCGGACUGGGAUUGCGGGGGUAGAGCUGCCGGGAUCUGAGGAUGGGCCGACGGCGAUGCUAGGGGGACGAUGGGCAGCGCCGCGCUUCGCUGUUUCUGCUAUGGCUGCCUCUUCACGUCUGUGACCUGGACGCUUCUCCUGUUCAUUUACUUUAACUUCAGCGAGGAAAGCCAAGGCUUCAGACAUGUGCCCGUCAAGGGGUUGGAGCCCUACAAGCCGCUUCCCAAAAAAAUCUACCCCCGCUUCUCCAGGGACUCCAUGGGGCAGCACAGUGACCCUCGCAAGGGCCACAAUGGGAAUCAGCUGGAAACCGAAGCCAACGCAGAUCUCUCCCCGGAACUGGGCAUGAUAUUCAAUGAACAGGAUCAAGACGUGAGAGACGUUGGCUACCAGAAGCACGCCUUCAAUCUGUUAAUAAGCAAUAGACUUGGCUACCACCGAGACGUGCCCGACACCAGGGACUCCAAGUGCGCCAAGAAGACUUACCCCCCGGAUCUGCCCAUGGCCAGCAUUGUUAUAUGCUUUUAUAAUGAAGCCUUUUCUGCCUUGCUGCGCACUGUCCAUAGCGUGUUGGACCGAACACCGGCCCAGCUGCUCCACGAGAUAAUACUAGUGGAUGAUAAUAGUGAACUGGACGACCUGAAGAAAGACCUGGAUGGUUACAUGCAGGAGAACCUGUCCAAGAAGGUGAAACUGGUGAGAAACAAACAGCGAGAGGGGCUGAUCCGCGGCAGGAUGGUCGGAGCUUCUCAUGCGACAGGCGACGUACUCGUCUUCUUGGACAGUCACUGUGAGGUGAAUGAGAUGUGGCUGCAGCCCCUUCUUGCCCCUAUCAAGGAGAACCCCAGAACAGUGGUGUGUCCUGUCAUAGAUAUCAUCAGUGCCGACACCCUUAUCUACAGCUCUUCCCCUGUUGUACGCGGGGGGUUUAACUGGGGCUUGCACUUCAAGUGGGAUCCUGUUCCUCUCGCAGAGCUGGGAGGCCCUGAGGGAUUUAGCGCACCGUUUAGGUCGCCCACAAUGGCCGGGGGUCUGUUUGCGAUGGACAGGGAAUACUUCAACAUGCUGGGGCAGUACGACAGCGGCAUGGACAUCUGGGGCGGGGAAAACCUAGAAAUCUCUUUCCGGAUCUGGAUGUGUGGCGGCAGCUUACUCAUUGUCCCCUGCUCGCGGGUCGGCCAUAUUUUCCGUAAGAGGCGCCCAUAUGGUUCACCUGGAGGGCAUGACACGAUGGCCCACAACUCCCUGCGCCUGGCACACGUGUGGAUGGAUGAGUAUAAGGAUCAGUAUUUUGCCCUGAGGCCUGAGCUGCGGAACAGGGAUUUCGGGGAUAUCCGCGAGCGUUUGGCAUUGAGGAGGCGACUGAACUGCAAAUCCUUCAAGUGGUAUCUGGACAAUAUCUACCCCGAGAUGCAGGUCUCCGGGCCCAACGCCAAACCACAGCCGCCCGUGUUCAUGAAUAAAGGCCAAAAAAGACCAAAAAUACUGCAGCGCGGCAGGCUGAUCAACAUGCAGACGAACAGAUGCCUCGUGGCGCAGGGGCACCCCAGCCAGAAAGGGGGAUUGGUGGUGGCAAAAGAGUGCGACUAUAACGAUUCCGAACAGGUAUGGAGCUACAAUGAAGAGCACGAGCUGAUUUUGAGCAACCUCCUGUGCCUGGAUAUGUCAGAGACCCGCUCGUCCGAUCCCCCCCGACUUAUGAAAUGUCACGGCUCGGGGGGAUCGCAGCAGUGGGUGUUUGGGAAGAGCAACCGUCUGUACCAGGUUUCCGUUGGCCAAUGCUUGAAGCUUGUGGAUCCGAUGAGCCGUAAAGGCUACGUUUCCAUGGCAAUCUGCGACGGAUCCCCUUCCCAGCAGUGGCACCUGGAGAACUGAUUCACCGUUCCUAGAGCCCCACCCACCCCGGCAAGAACUCGGCCUGAUGGGUAACAGGUUCUGAGAGGCAUUACUGGCCCUAAGCUGCUAUUUUAUCUGCAGAGCCUGAUCCGGUUCUACUGGUACCCUGUGCAUGGCGGCGGCGGCGGCUCCGUAAGGCUAUUCACUUGCUGAUUCCCCCCAAGGAGCCCACCAGUGCCCCCAACGGGCCACACAUGCACUGCAGGAGGAUACGCGUAGAGAGAUUUUAUGUUUUCUGAGACAGAAUUCACCGUUUUUAAGAAAUAAUUUGACCAUUUUUAGCUUUUUUUAUUAAUUUUAAAAAAGUGUUAUUUUAAACCGUAGCUCAUUUUGAGUUCAAAUCCUACAUUGGAAUCUUUUAUUUGACAGUAUUUUAUGUGGUUUUACGGUACUUGGCACUGUCGCUGCCCGGGCCUCGCUUAAUAAACUCUUCUAAUCUCCAUUGGGUUCAUGGGAAGAACCACUUCCCUUGUGUCUGCUUGUCCCGCCCCCCGAGUCCCUCCCCAUUGGCUGCCAGAUCAGACACUUAAGGACCCCCCAUGGAAUAUAAUGUGCUGGUUCCUCAGUGAAAUGCAGAGAGAGGGGAAGGGACAUCCCCAUACAUUCCCCUUGUUAGUAAGUUGGCUGCCAUUGACCAAUCACAGAGCCAAGAUCCAUUUUUUCAUGUUGGAUCAGUCAGUGUGAGUCGCAGCAGAAUGAAUGUACUUCCUGUAUGUGUCACAUGAAGGAGAACAACUCCCCUCACAGAGAAAGUAAAAGGAUCCCCUAAUAUAGCCGAGUCCAUUUUUUCCCACAUUUGAGCAGUGACUAGAGCUGGUGCUGUUAUUUUAAUGCGUUUCUCUCUAUGAUUUGUUACUUUUUGCACUAAACAGAGCAAAAUAUAAAAUUUAAACUAAAGUCACAUUCCUGUACCUGGUUUGUACAAUGAAAAUGCAAUCAAAACAGAGCAGUUGACUAGGCCUCUGUAUAAACAAACCCCUCCCUCCCAACUGCAGCCAUUCGAUAAGGAGCAGCUCAUUAUACAGAGGGGGCUCCAUGCGCUGCUGAUUUGUUUUGAUUGUGCUCAGAACAGGGUGUGGCAUGUGAUUUUACUUUCAAUUUACAGUCUUGCCCUUUUUGGUGCACAAAAUAACAAACCAUACAAAUAAUGUAAGUGAAAGAAUAGGCGGGUUUAGUACAAAGGCGUACUGGCCCUUUAAUAGCCGUAUCCUUGUAUCAUACAAUAUCCCAGUCCUACAGCCUCCUGUAUUGUCUUCCCCAACCCCCGUUAUGCCCAGGUCCCUAUCUGACCUUUUGUCAACAGUAUUCUCACCGCUGCCCCCUACCUGUGUCUAGUUUAGUAACUACUCCAACCUUGCAGCCAUUUUCUCCCUGAAACCACUACACCUUUAUCACUGAGGUGCAGCCAAUCACUGGCAAGGAGCCUGUAGCCAACAGCUGACUAAAACCCAAUGUCUCCGAGCCUCCCUGACUAUUACACCCCUGCCUGAAAUGCUUUAGUAAUAUAGGAAAAGGGGGGGGGGCGUUAACCAGGGCCCCCAGCAAGUCAGGCUUGUGCUUUUACUCUGGUCAAUAGCUCAUCAGCCUUUAUAGGGCACAGCAGGAAGUGAGAUGUGCACAACAGGAAGUGACUCCCGUUUGCCUAUUUAAACAUUCCCGCCCAGCGCGGUUUCUCAUUUAGCCAGUGUGUAGCGUCUCUGUAAACUAACUGUGUGGAAAAUAUUUUUUAUACAUAAAAUAUAUAUAUUGCUAUAGAGCUGCUUGUAUAUCUGAGACUCUGUGUUUUAUGGGAGCGACGAGGCGAUGGCGGCCGAUAUUGGGCAGAGAGUAACAGACACGGCGGAAAGAGAAGAAAACUCUAUUCUUUGUAAUUCAAUAAAAUGUAAAAGUUUGAAAUAAAAAAGGCAACCAAUCAGGUGCAACAAA